AUGCAGAGGAAUGGACGUGUAGCUCAUUUUUCUCAGGCAGAAUCCCACUCUCGAGAGGAGGGCGACGCCAUCUGGAUCUGCGGUGUGUGCACGCUGGAAAAUCCGCUCAAGCAUCUUCAGUGCGGAGCCUGCACGGCGGAAAGGCCGGAGGUGUACGGAGAUAUUGAGAAGGAGCUGGAUGACACAGGGAAUGAUGACGAUGCAAAUGGCAGGACGGAUACCGCCGAGGAAGCCGCGGGGCCAGAAGAAGAGGUGAGUCGAGAAGGCGUGAAGUCGAAAUGGACUAAACAAAAAGACUGGUACGACAACGUGGAGGAGCUGAACCAGCUUACUGAGAAACACAAGAACGGAGGAUAUGGGUCGUGUGGGAUUGGCAACUGCUCGUUAACAUCUUUCCGUGUCGACACCGUAUACUGA